AUGUCGCUGGACCCGCACCACUGCUUCAACUUCUGGGGCGCGAGCCCCGCGCUCGAUCUCAAGGCGGCCGUCUCCGCCGCGCGCGCGAGCGCGUCCCCAGAGGCGUCCACGAGCGACGAGACGCCGAGCGCGAAGACGACGACGGGCGAUGACGACGGCGAGAGGGAUCCGCUGACGACGCUCCUUCUCGGGACGUCCGAUCCGCGGCACGUGUUCACGACGCUCGCGCGCUCGCGGCGUGGCGCGGACAAGGACAAAGCGCUCGUGUUUUACGUGCACGAAGCGCACGUCGUCGAGCUCGCGCGUCAGGUUCUCCUCGUCAGCGUCCUCGCGAGCGACGACCUUCCGCCGACGGAUCGCACGGAGCGAAUCUUAGAGAUCUGGUACAACUGCUCCGUGCGCGACAGCACCGCGGAGCUCAUCGAGCGGCACGCGUCGAGGCUCUCCACCGUCGUGGGCGACAUCUUCGCCGGGGACGUCGACCGCGUGAAGGACGACGUCAUCGCGCGCGCGUUCGACUUCUCCCUGCUCAAGUACAAAGAAAAAGACGCGCUGAUGGAGUGCUUCCGCCAGUGGUCGCGUAAGGUCCCGUUCGACAUGGAGCUCGCGUUCGAACGCCGCUGUCGAAAGUACUACGGCAACCGGUACGAUCACAGGACCAACAUGCACGACUGGGACUACCACAUGCGCGUCGAGCCGAGCGGCGCGACUGGGAUACACUUUCGACACUUUUCGCAGUGGCGAACCAACGGCGUCGGCUAUCCGAUUCGAGAGGCGACGUAUCCGGCGCCGAACCGCACGCUCGUCUCGUACGCGAGAGGGACGACGAAGGAGUAUAAAGACCGCGACAUGACGGACAAGGGGAGGACGAUCGAGAGCCGCGGGUACUGGGGGGACAUUCUGAACUCUCCGUACGCGUGCUUCGGCGUCGAGGCUGAGGACGCGAGGCUGUUCAAGGUGUCGAACCGGCAACACGUGAAGAACGCGGUGGAGGUGUCCGACUACAACGUCGCCGCGAACCUCUUCGAGCUCAGAACGGGGCGGCCGUGGAAGAUGCGGCGAGGCGAUAACGGCGAUGACGGCGAUGACGGCGACGCUGCUAGCAUCGACGCGGACGAGAUCAACGCGUGGAUGCCGAGCCCGCAGAUCGUCCCCGGGGACGACGACGACGCCGUCGGGAAGGGCGCGAGUUGGGACGGCCACGACGGCGCCGUCUUCCGCGGCAACUGGGACAAGGUCAAGAUCGUCCUCGUCGGGCCGGACGACUUCGAGAAGAGCUUCCUCGGGAAGAAGAAGCACGAGGGGAUCUUCGACGCGAUCGUUGUUGGCGCGUGGCGCGCGCAGUUGGUUACCCCCGCGCUCGCGGCGACGACCAAGGCGGACGGCGGCGUGUUGAUUCUCGAGGGCGCGAAGUACAUGGUGUCGUUCGAUCUGAAAGCGUGCGAGCGGUUCGCGAGCAAAGGGUGCGAGCUCGCGAUCGAGGCGGGGUUCGAGCCGACGCCGGAGCACGUCCGAGGCGGCGGUGGAGGCGAGGAGGGGAUAUCCGGAGACGAGAGGGAGAAGAAGGAGGUCGAGACCGGGCCCGGGAUUUUGCCGGGCGUGGACUCCGUCCACAGGGUCUUCGUGAGAAAGGUAAAAAAGGCGGCGGACGAGGCGUGA